GCUGACGUUGCGUUUAACGCCAUGCAGCAUAGCCUUGCCACUAGCGACGAUAUCUUUGGCUUGGCAGUGGUGAGCCAGUCGCGAGUUACUUCGCGUCUCACCACGACCGCGCGUUGCUGUGAUUUUUUUCUCCAUGCUAACAUACGGAACGAUUGUUUUGCUUCUUUCGAGCGCUAGUGUAGCAUUGUUUUUGCGAUAUGUUAAGUAGAUGCAAUUAUCAUAAACCGAUCGUGUAUCUAAAAGUUCGCGAUUGAAAGUAAGUCACGCGAUAAAAUAAUCAAGCGAGUGCAUAGAAUAUACUUCAAACGAAUCGUAUAGUUACUUAAUCGACCAAGAAUUUUUAAGUUUCGUUUGUCUUUUUCGUGUUUGAAAAUUGAUAAAUAGUAAGAGUAUGGCGUCGUGAUCGUACUUUUAGAACAUUUUUGCAAUCGUGAAAAUUUCUGAACCGUUGGUAUUUUGACUAAGUUGUAAAAUGGAUACCGGGCAGAAAUUCGAUACUCCAAAUCCACGGUUAAAGGCCAAUUGUUUGAGCAAAUUACUGUUUUGCUGGAUAUUUCCUACGUUUUGGUAUGGAAAGAAAAAUGACCUUCAACCAAAGGAUCUUCACAAUGUUUUACCAAAUGAUGCCAGCCAAUUGCUCGGUGAUAAAUUAGAAAGAAGCUGGAAAAAAGAACUCGACAAUGCUACUAGGAAAAAACGAAAACCGAAGCUUCAGAAAGCUAUUGAAAAAACUUUUGGCUGGUCUUUUAUGCACUUGGCAAUUUACAUCGCUUUUAUGUCUCUCGUCAUUAAACUCUUACAGCCGUAUAUGUUAGGUCUUUUAAUUCGUCAUUUUUCACCAAGAUCCAUAACAACAUUAGAUGAUGCAUUGGUUUUUGCUUCAACUGUAAUCGUAUUAACUGUACUAGAAUCAAUAGUACUCUGUCAAACAACUUUUCAUGCCCGCGAGCUUGGUAUGCGACUCAGGAUUGCGUGUUCGUCUUUGAUCUACAGAAAAAUACUGAAGCUGUCAUGUGCUUCGGCAAGUAAAGUUGCUGGUGGAUUGGCGAUAAACAUUCUAUCCAAUGAUGUCGUGAGGCUUGAAAAUUAUUUUGUAUUUCUUCAUUACAUUUGGUUGAUGCCAAUACAAGGUGUUUUGGUAGGCUACCUCAUCUGGAGAGAUAUGGCUACGGCUGCAAUUGUCGGAGUAUUGUUCAUGGCAUUGCAAACUGUCCCUUUUCAAUUAUACUUUGGUAAAUUGAUUCAUGGACUUAGAAGGAAAAUUGCAGUCAGAGUUGACCGCAGAGUAUUAUUGAUGAACGAACUCAUUAGCGGCAUAUGCGUCAUUAAGAUGUAUACUUGGGAACCUGUAUUUGAGGAACUAGUUGUUCUUGCCAGAAAGCACGAACUAGACGUUAUUGCAGUGGCCAAUUAUUUGAAGGGAACAACGUGGGCUUUAUUUUCAUACGCUCAACGUACAGCAUUGUUCAUUACCAUUUUGGUAUAUGUUUUAUUGAAUAAUGUGAUCACUGCCGAGAAAGUUUUUGCUGUAGCCCAAUAUUAUGGAACAAUGCAAGUCAUCAUGGCUGCUUUAUUUCCUAAAGGUUUACAUUUUUACCUUGAAGCUAGAGUCUCAGUUAAUCGUGUGCAGCAUUUCCUACUUCUGGAAGAAACGGAAGAUAAAAAUAAAUCAUCAAAAACGUUGGAACAAGAAGGUAGUAGAGAUGGUAGUAUAGAAAUAAAGAAAGUUACUGCCUCUUGGACUGAUGAUGCUAUUGCCAACACUCUUUACGACAUCAACGUCAAAAUCUCAAGUAAAACUUUAUGUACAGUUGUUGGACCAGUUGGAGCUGGAAAGAGUUCUUUUUUAAAAUUAAUCCUAGGAGAAUUUCGACCGAGCACUGGUCAAACCUUCACCAAAGGAACUGUGUCUUACGCAAGUCAAGAAGCUUGGCUUUUCAAUGGUUCAGUGAGGAAUAAUAUUCUCUUCGGUCAACCAUACGAUGAAGUGAAGUAUGCAAAAGUUACAAGAGCUUGUUGUUUACUUCAAGACUUCGAACAGCUGCAAUACGGAGAUAAGACUUUUGUAGGAGAAAAAGGCUCAUUAUUAAGUGGAGGACAGCAAGCCAGGGUAAAUUUGGCAAGAGCUGUGUAUAGAGAUGCCGAUAUUUACCUCUUAGAUGAUCCACUUUCAGCUGUUGACACACGAGUUGCGAAAUAUCUUUUUGAAGAUUGUAUUAAUGGGUACUUAAAAAAUAAAACUCGUAUUUUAGUUACUCAUCAAGUACAAUUUUUAAAGAAUGCAGAAAAUAUUAUUUAUUUGGAUGAGGGAAAAGUAGAAUUUCAAGGAAACUAUAAUGAUUUUCAAAAAUAUAAGCAGCAUAUCCACCAUACGGAAAAGAAUGAGUCGCUUGAAAGGCAACUGUCGGAAGAUGCGACUUCAAUGAUUGAAGAAGACGGUACUUUGAAUAUUCCACCACUUAUGGUAAAUGAAAACGAAGAUGAACCAAAACAGACUGAGGAAUUAAUUGAACAUGGAAAAGUAAAGAAUUCUCUCUAUUGGAAAUAUUUUCAAACAAGCGGAUCAUACCUUUUACUUUUCGUACUAAUUCUUAGCGUUAUCAUUGCUCAAAUUCUGGCCAAUAGUGCUGAUUUAUGGGUAGCCCACUGGGUUGGUUUAGAAGAAGUUUACGCAAAAAAUCUGACAAAUGAAAACACAAACGAAACAAAUAAUACUACAUUAAAAUCAAUUUCAGAAUCUAAUAUUACUUCAAAUACAACGUUAAAUGCAAAGAUUCCUGAAGACUUGGAUAGAAAUUUUAUGAUAUAUGUGUACGGAGUUUUAGUUUUGGGAAGCGUUAUCAUGUCUACUUACAGAAAUAUUUUGUUAUUUAAGAUUUGUAAACGUAUUAGCUAUAAUGUUCAUAAUAGGAUGGUUAGUUGCAUAAUGAAUGCUCCUAUGAGAUUUUUCGAUGCAAACUCUUUGGGACGUAUUAUCAAUCGCUUUUCAAAGGAUCUAGGUGCUGUAGAUGAAAUUCUUUCUCUUGCAAUGGUGGAGUCAUUGCAAGUGGGUUCAGUACUCGUUGGUACAUUGAUACAAGUACUUAUGAUUAAUUGGUGGAUGGGUCUUCCAGUUAUAAUUAUGGCGUUUCUACACUAUAAUAUCGCAGUGAUGUAUUUAGCCACUGCUCGUAGUAUUAAGAGAUUAGAAGGCAAUGCCAAAAGUCCAGUUUUAUCUCACGCUAACUCAUCUUUGAGAGGUUUGCUAACCAUUCGUUCAAAUAGAGCAGAAGCAAUGGUUUCUAAAGAAUUUGAUAAUCUCCAGGAUGUUCAUACGUCUAGUUAUUCCUUGGUAUUAUCUACCACAACCGCAUUUGGUCUUUGGAUUGACAUAGUAUCUGUUGCAUUCGUCGCAGCCGUUACUUUUAGUUUCACUACAAUGAGCCAGUCUAUAGUUUCUGCCGAAAGCGUUGGUCUUGCAAUUACUCAAGCUUUGGUUCUAACUGGAGUAUUACAACAUGGUAUGAAGAUGGCUGGAGAGAUGAUAACGCAGAUGGUGGCAGUUGAACGCUUGUUCCAAUUUACUAAAUUAGAUCAAGAAGGUCCAUUUGACAGCGAACCUAAUAAAAAACCAAAUAAAGGCUGGCCCAGUAACGGAGAAAUCAAGUUUGAUCAUUUAUAUCUUCGAUACACCGAUUCGGUCGAUCCCGUUUUAAGGAAUCUUAAUUUCAAUGUGAAACCUGCAGAGAAGGUUGGUAUAGUAGGAAGAACUGGUGCUGGAAAAUCUUCCUUAAUAGCUGCUUUGUUCCGUCUUGCUAAACUUGAAGGCAAAUUAUAUGUAGAUGAAGUGGAUACAAGUAGUAUAGGUUUGCAUGAUUUACGUAGCAAUUUGUCUAUCAUUCCUCAAGAGCCAAUGCUCUUCUCUGCUUCUCUAAGAGACAAUCUCGAUCCUUUUCACGAUUUCGACGAUACAACUCUCUGGGCGGCUUUGCAAGAUGUUGAGCUUAAUAAAGCUUUUAUGUCGUUGGAUCAAUUGAUCGAUCAAAGUGGUAGCAACUUGAGUGCUGGCCAACGGCAAUUGCUGUGCCUCGCUCGAGCUAUAGUAAAGAAAAACAAAGUACUUGUAUUAGACGAAGCAACAGCUAAUGUCGAUCCUGUCACUGAUGCUCUGAUACAGAGGGCAAUAAGAUCAAAUUUUAAAGAGUGCACUGUCUUAACAAUUGCACACAGAUUGAACACAAUUAUGGACAGUGAUAAAGUUUUGGUUAUGCAUCACGGUCAAAUAGCAGAAUAUGAUCAUCCUCAUUUACUAUUACAAAAAAAUGAUGGCUAUUUUAAAAAAAUGGUGCAGCAGACGGGUCCUGCUAUGGCAGAACACCUUCGGAGUAUUGCUGAAAAGGCUUACAAUGAUGGAUCUGCAAAUCUUGCUAGUAUAAAUCAAAUUAUUAAAAAUAAAAACAGUGGAAUACAAAGCAUUGAACAAUGUCAAACUUAAUUUUAUGGUUUCACACAAACAUUCAAUUGUACACUAGUAUAUUUUUAUACAUUGUUUUGAAUUGAAGCAGACCACCAUGUUCUACGUAGCAUCGAUACCCAAAAUUUUAUUUUUAAUAUUUUUCUAUUUGAUCUGCAGGAAGAAAUAAAGUAAAAUUAAUGAAGGAUUAGAAAGUAAUUAAUAAGAGACGCACAAUAAUAAAACGAGUAGUUAUGGGAAAAAGCCUGCAAGGUACAAAAAAAUCCAUUUUAUUUUAUGAAAAACAAACUAAUUAUUAUAUAAAAUAUUGAAAUUAAAAUUAACACUAAUCAUAAUUACUGAGUGACAAUAUUUGCACAAUACACACCGAACCUGUUUAGGCCACGUGUUAGCGAUAAAGGUGUACUUGACCACGUGAUAUUGAGAAUGUCGAUUUUCAGUGAAUAAAUAGAAAUGACGUUCGUACAUACAUUUAUGCAUUAAGCAAAAUUUUGAUGUCUGAAGCAUGAAUUUGAUUAUAAGUACAAGUAAAUUUUGUUUUCGCGCAGAACACGUUAAAGAUUUUGCCUGAAGGGCUUUAAUUAUAAUAUAAAAUCCGAAAAGUUUGCGAAAUAAGUUCUUUUGCUACUUUUGUUUCCACUGGACAGGAAUGGCUGCGAUUUGAAUGAAUAAAAAUCUUAAACGCGCUCGCAUGCCGAAGGUUUGAGACAUCGCGAAUUGUCAUACAUACACUAAUAUAUUAUAAAGCGUUACGAUGUAACAUACUAUUCUCUAAUAAAAUCAAGUUACAGUGUUUGUGAUAUUAUAUUGUAAAUAAAUUAUUUUAACGAGUAUAAGUGGAUUCAAUUUUCUUAAAUAUUUAGUUUUUAUAUGAAUUUGAAAGUUUUUACAAAUUUAUCGUUUCAAAAAUCUUAUAUACUUGAAAAAGACUUGAAAUUUUGCGUAAAGCAUCACUUUUCGAACUGACAAGGAGACGAUCCAACUACAUUACUACGUUGAUAUUGAUUAAAAUAAACUAACAUUUAUAUUUUUUUGCAGUAUUCAUAACUUAUACGUUAUAAAAAAAAAGAAUUAUAAUGACUUUUCUGCAGUUAAAAAUGUAUAAAAUCUCUAAAAUAAUUUUUAUCUUGUUCUUAAAUCUUAAAAAUUUGUUAAUACUAUAUAUAAGUACGUAUUAUCA